AUGCCGGUCACCCUUGAGGCGAUCGACAUCACUCUCAUUGCCCUUUAUUUUGUCGGCAUGGCCGCCGUCGGCAUCAUCUUCUGGGCUCGCGGCGGCGGCGAUGGCGGUGGGCAGGACGAAGCAGAAUCUUUCUUCCUCGCGGGCCGCAGUAUGCGCUGGCCAGCGGUAGGGCUUUCGCUCUUUGUCUCCAACGUAGGGUCGGAGCACCUCCUGGGGCUCGCGGGCUCGGCAUCCGCCACCGGAGUCGCCUGUGCCUACUUUGAGUGGUCGGCCGCGCUCCACCUUCUUCUGCUCGGCUGGCUAUUUGCUCCGGUCUACCUGCGCUGCGGCAUCGCCACGCUGCCCGAGUACCUCGGCCGGCGGUACGGCCCGCGCCUCCGCCGCUGGCUCUCGCUCAUCUCGCUCGUCCUCUACCUUCUCACCAAGCUCUCCGUCUCCAUCUACUCGGCCGCCACGGUGCUCACCUCCGUCUUUGGCUGGCCGAGGUGGAUCGCCGCCGCCGGGCUGGUCGGGCUGACCGCCUGCUACACCGCGGUGGGCGGCCUCGCGGCGGUCAUCGUCACCGACGUCGCCCAGUCGGUCGUGAUGCUGGUUGGCGCCGUCACGAUGACCGCCGUCGGGUUCGGGCGAGAGUGGUCUCGUUUCUUCCACAUCUACAAGCCGCCCGACGACCCCUCCUUCCCCACCCUCGGCAUGCUCCUCGGCCAGCACGCCGCGGUGCAGGCGUGUGGUAUUGACCCCGGCAUCAUCGCGCGCAAGCUCUUCGACGCCGAGCUCUACCCCGCCAACGGGACAGCCACUCCCAACCAGGCCUUCCCGCUCCUGCUCCAGCACACGCUGCCGCCCGGCCUCCUCGGCCUCAACCUCGCCGCGGCGGUCGCGGCGUGCAUGUCCUCGCUCGACUCCGUCUUCACCGCCGCCGCCUCCCUCUUCUGCCUCGACCUCUACCGCGGCUGGCUCCGCCCCGCCGCCUCCCCGCACGAGGCCUUCUGCGCGCUGCUCGCGGUGCUGACGCUCCUCUGGCUGCCGAUCAUCGACGUGCUCUCCGACCAGAUCUUCCUCUACAAGGAGGCGGUGAUGGCGUACCUCGCGCCGCCCAUCGUCUCUGUCUACCUCCUCGGCCCCUUCCCCCUCCCCCGCCGCACUUGGCGCGAGCGCGUGCUCUGGCGGCGCGCAAACGCGACGGGCGCCGCCGCCUCCUUCGCCGUCGGGUACACUCUCGGCUUCGGCCGGAUGGCGGGCGAGGUGUGGUGCAAGCUGCACCCGCCGCGGCCCGGCUCCGCCGCCGACGCACUCUUCGUGCGGCUCCACUUUCUGUACGCCGGCCUCCUCCUCUGCCUCGCCUGCCUCGCCACGCACGCCGCCGUCAGCUGGGCGGCGCAGGGGGCGGACGGUGGGGAGGGGAGGGCGGUGGACGAGACGCUGCUGGCAAAGUGCUCCUGCGGCGGCGAGGGCGGGCGGCGAGCAGCUCCCGCCCCCAAGGAUCCCGCCCCCACGGAGUGGCUGCCUGCUUCGCUGCCGGACGAGACGCACCACGCGGGCGGCAAGGCGGGCGACGAGCCGCGCGGGGGCGACCUGCGGAUCCGAGGACGGCACGGAUCCAGGUCUAGUCGCGUGAACGACGGGCUCGCCGUCGCGCUCGUAGCAGUCAUCGUCGGCCUCGUCGCCGGAUUCAUGUAG